AGUAUUUUACAGUAUGAGAGAGUGAGUAGAGAGAAGAAAGGCCCGGUUAUAGGCGUUGAAUCGUGCUAUAUAUAUAUAUAUAUAUAUAUAUAUAUAUCAUUUUUUUUUCCUUACGGAUAAUUUCUUAGGGAAUUUCUAACAUAAUCUUGAUCUCUAAUAGUUCAUUAAAGAAAGAAGAAGGAAAAAUAUUAAAAGAGUUUAUAGCUUAAGGAAAAAUAUAUACUAAGGACGAAAAAUAAUAUCUAUAUAAGAAAAUUGAGAAGGAUAAAAAAAUCUAUUGAACGAUAUCUUUCAAGCUACAAGAGAGAGAGAGAGAAACAGACAGAGAGAGAGAGAGAGAGAAAGAUAAAGAGAGUAAAGAUGAAUUUUAACGUAAAUGCAACCCAAGAAGAUUUAACGUUAUUACAAACAUUAGAUGAGAAAACCUUAUUAGAGGAGAUUCAAAUGCGUUAUAAAGGAAAUAGAAUUUACACUUAUAUAGGUGAUGUUCUCCUAUCUAUUAAUCCCUAUAAGGAUAUAUCAAUAUAUUCUAUAAGACAUCAAAGAGAAUAUACCGAUAUUAAAAUACGCCAAGCUCUUCCUGCUCAUGUAUAUGCUAUUGCUGACAACGCCUAUCAGACUUUACGUCGAACCAGACAAAGUCAAACUAUAGUGAUUAAUGGUGAAUCGGGCUCCGGUAAGACACAAAAUGCUAAAUUUCUUACACAGCAUAUUGCAUUUGUUAGUGGAGGUCAUCUGGAUAUUGAUGAACUUGAGACAAGGAUUAUUAAAGCUAAUCCUUUAUUGGAAGCGUUUGGUAACGCAAAAACGAUAGCCAACGAUAAUUCAUCGAGGUUCGGUAAAUAUUUAGAGAUAAAAUUCGAUAACGACGGAGAAAUGAUCGGUGCUCUCAUAAAUGAAUACAUGCUGGAAAAGUCAAGAAUAAUUCGAUGCUCACCGGGUGAAAGAAACUUUCAUAUCUUUUAUCAUAUGUUUGCUGGUUUAUACGACGAACAAUUAAAAAAUAAUCUACUCGACCAGCCCGAUGAUCACAGAAUCUUGCAUACAUUCGACGGUUCUCGAGUAUUCGCCGAUCGACAAUCUUAUAUUUAUCAUCAAAGCGCCUGGGAUGAACUGAUGAGAAUUAUGACUACUGUUGGAUUCAACGAAGAGCAAAUAGAGACGUUAAUUGCCCUACUAGCUGCUAUAUUACACAUAGCUGAUAUAGAAUUCGCGCACGAUGUCGAAACAGAUGGUGCCUACAUUUUAAAUGAAAAUUGUCUUGAAGUAUCCGCAGAAUUUCUAGGUGUCGAUGCCGGUGAUCUUGCAAGAUGUUUUAUAUCAAGUAGUCAAAUUGUUAGAGGGGAGGAAAUUGUCAUGCUUAAAACUGUACCACAGGCAGAAGACACUAGAGAUGCAUUGGCCGUCUCUCUAUACUCAAGAGUAUUUGCAUGGAUAGUAAGGCGAAUAAAUCUAAUGCUAAUGCCUGAAAGGCGAUACGCUACAGGACAGACAAUUGGUAUAUUGGAUAUGGCUGGAUUCGAAGAUUUUAACGAAAACAGCUUUGAACAAUUAUGCAUAAAUACGGCGAACGAAGAGCUUCAAUUCUUCUUUAAUUUUUACGUUUUCCGCCAAGAAUUAGACGAAUAUAGUCAAGAAGGAGUAAAAGGAAAAACAAUUAAAUACACGGAUAAUGGUGCAAUUUUAGAGAUGCUCUUACAAAAACCACUUGGUUUAUUUGAUAUCAUUAACGAGGAGAGUAAAAUUCGUACCGCAACCGACCUCACUUUAGCAGAAAAGUUUAAUAAAUACUUUUCCGCUAAAAAGAAUAUUUAUAUUAAAAUUAAAAGUAAACCUUUAUGCUUUACUAUAAACCAUUACGCUGGACCAGUUACUUACGGGUGUGGUGGUUUCUUAGAAAAGAACCGACAUACUCUUAGCCAUAAUUUACUCGAUUGUCUUAAAAUGUCCCAAAGUCAAAUCGUUUCGGAUUUAUAUGCUGCGAAAUUAUCGUCAACCGGAUCUCUUCAAAUGAACCCUGAUGCUCCUAUGAGGAAUAGACAAUCAGUUCUUUAUAAAAAACCUCCAUCGUUAAAUCUGAAAAAUAAUCAGAGUAUUUCAAAGAAAGCUGGUAAACAAGUAAAGAGUAAAAUGUCUAAGGGAAUUGUUCAAACUUUGGAUAGAACUACAAAUUCAAAGACUUUAUCUUCGCAAUUUACGAAUUCUCUAGUUGAAUUAGCUUCUAAAUUGCACGAUUCUCAACCAACAUUUAUUAGAUGCAUUAAACCGAAUUCAAUGAAACAAUCGAAUAAAUUUGAUAUAGAAUUGGUAAGAAAACAAUUGAAAUAUACAGGAGUAAUGGAAGUAAUUCGAAUUAGAAAAUCUGGUUAUCCUACUCGUAUUUCUCAUAGGCAAUUUAUUGAUUUGUAUAAAAUAAUAGCAUUCAAUUUAACGAGUAAGGUUGAACCAACAGGUUCAAAUUGUUUGAAAAUACUUAAAGCUACAAAUCUUCAUCAAUUCGAGAUUGGUAAGACUAAAGUGUUUCUUAAGCAUUAUCAUACGGAAUUAUUAGUAAGAAAACUGGAUGAUAUUGGAUGGAAAAUCGUUCGUGUUCAAAAACAAGCUAGAAGUUAUUUGGCGAAAAAACGAUUUAAAUGGUUGGUCGUUAAGGCAAAAGCUGAACAAGUUGAAUUAAAGGCAUUCUGUAAAUCGGUUGCCAAUAUAUCGAAUGCUAAAUACGAUAUUAUUAAUGCGCACCAACAUCACGACUCUUUAAGAUUUCAUAAAAAGGCUAAGGAACUAGAACAGCAAAGAAAGGCUCAACAGGCCCAAACUGCUCAGGAAAAUAUCUAUCAAGCAACACCAAUUUCGUUCGCUCUCAAAAAGGAAAAACCUAAACCUAGACCAAGACAAAUUACGACUUCUAAGAAGAAUCAACAGCCAAGAUCAUUGUCCAAAAUGAAAAUGCCACCUCAAGAAACAAACAAACUACUCGAUACAAUUCUUGAUGAAACUCUCGGUCGUUAUACUGAUAUUGAUAUUGGCAUAUGGGCGAAGGUGUAUUAUUUUGAAAGAAAUGAGGUUGUUGCGAAAUUUUAUGUUAGGAAUCGUGAAUUCGUCAUAAACGAUAGCGAUGACGAAUAUCAGGGUCGAAUUAUUGGUAUUGGAUGCUUGGAAAAUGAUAUUAGGGACGAAAGAGUAAGGAGAGUUCGACGAUUGUUUGGCGACGGUAUAACGUUAUCUCGCGAAUCCGAUGGUUCAAUUUCAAUUGUUAGAGAGACGACAUGUCCAAUUAUCGUUAGAGGUUAUGAAUAUCCUGAAUUUUUCUGUCUAUCUCGCGAUGUAAUAGAGAAUGGCGGAGAGCUUGAGAAAAAUAAGAAGACAACAUUAUUCGAUAUGGACGAAUUCAAAAAGAGGAUAGCUUCGGAACUCGAAGAUGAAGACAAAGCGGGGAAUAUGGAGAAGAAUCUACAAAGAAUGACCAUAACCCGAAUAGCUAUUAAUGAAGAUACCGAAUCCGACCUACAGACUCCCUGCUGGCUAGCUAUAAUUAACUUUUGCGCAUUGGACGCUCUAGGAAGCGAUAGAGUCUUGAAAGAAAUUCGAAUGCUCAUCAAACAACCCCAUCACAAAGACGACGCCAUCAUGAAGUUGAGAAACGGUCGAAUGCCGCCUGCUCUAAGCUAUUUUCCGCCCGAUAAACUGACUAAAAUGCGUAGAAAACGUGCAGAAAACGAACGUUACGCCGUUGAAAUCGGCGAUCAAUUAAGCGAGAAAAAUAGAUUUCUUUUUAAGAGAAAUUGGGCUAAAGUAAAUUUAAGACCCAAAGAACAAAGACAACUAGGAUUAGGUCAAGAUUACAGAGAAUUGGAAAGAGAAGAGGAACACGUGCAAGUGCUGCCCCCUCAUGAGCAUGUAACUAAGAAAAAAGAAUGGGCAAAGCAAAAAGGAGGGUUCAACUAUUGACGCGUGAGAAAAGAAAAUGAAAAAGAACGAAUUGGAAUUGUUGUAAUAUUAAUUAAUAUUAAUAAUAAUAAUAAUAAUAAUAAUAAUAAUAAUAAUAAAGAAAACACAUGGAAAGGAAGAAUGAAGAAAAUUUUAAGACAAACUAUAUUUUAUAUUCAGUCUAAAUUGUUUAUUUUAUCAUCUUUAUUAAUCUUGAUUUCCAAUGGAAGAUAAAUAACUUUUUUUCUUCUAUUGCAUUAAUAAAGUUGAAUCAUUAAUAAA